AAUGGCAUUUAUGCUGACUCCAUCAUAACAAAGCCGAUGAAGGGGAUUGAAGGGGUGUAUCAAUUGACUUUACGCAACGGUGUUGCCGGAGAUUUCUUUCGCGGACAUUUUUCUGCACAGAAAUUCGGCUCACUGGAAAUGGAUUUCGUGUUCUGCGUUUGUCUGUUGGUUUUGGUGGGACUGGCCGCAGAUGUCACAGGCAAGAUCCAUCGAUUACAUUUGCUACACCCUGCGGUUCUAUUUUGGGCUACAUCUAUCGGUCUGCGAGCCACUGCACAAGUUCUACGCCUGGUAUCGACGACAUGGUUUGCGAUCUCAGGACAGAAUAGCACUGUGUUUGAUGUAACAGCUCAGCUGUUAUACGGCGUCUCUAUGAGUGCUCUCUUUGCCUGCCUGCUCCUGCUGAGCAACGGUUAUGCUAUCAUCCACCAUGCCAUUGAGAGAAUACCAGGAACAAUUUGGCUUGUUGCUUUAGUGUCGUACACUGUCGCCAUCAUCGCGUGCACAAUUGCAAUGGAAUUCCUGCAACACCGCGGAGAUACGUUGUCUCGUUAUCAUUCGCCCGCAAGUUACGUCUACGUGUCGGUCCACUUGCUGGCUUGGGUGUGUUUCCUGGCCAGCACUGGCCAUACAGUGGUCAAGCGAUCCGAAAACCGGCUAUUCUUCAUCCGAUUGUUUGGGAUAUUCUCCAUUUGGUUCUGGAAUGUUCCGUUUUGGAUAUGCAUAACCUCCGGACUGUCUUCCAAACAAUACACAGAGACAAUGGUACGCAUUUGGGAUGAAGUCAUCACUCUGGUUAUGUAUGUGCUCUUGAUGCUAUUGCUCAGACCGGAAAACAUUAACAAGGUAUUUCCCCUUCAAAAACAACAACAGCAGCAACAACAACCCGAAAGCAAGAGCCACGAAGCUAUGGUGCCACCGAAAAGCCCGAUGCCAACGAUUAAAAUUACAAGUCCUCCUUCGACACCGAAAUCGACCACAAGAGAAGAUACACCUAAACACAAAGUAAAAGGCGUCGAAGAACCGAAAAGUAGCAAACCAUCUUCACCUAUGCGUGCACCGAUGAAGCUGCCUGCUAUAGGAGGAAAACCGGGGGAUCUUCCACCACCUGGAUACUCACUAGCCAAAAGCAUCGCAAAUCUAGGUGCCGAAGUACAAUUUCAGCAGCGUCCAAAAACAACAUCCGGUUUGCCCAGUACAAAGCCUAGACAGCCUCUUAAUGACAAUCUUUCCACAACGUGACAGAGUAACAACGACGAUGGGCCCAACCGUUCUAGCAAUCUUAUACUACGCUCACCUGAGCUUAGGUUUAGAUGCAUUUAGUCUGCUGGCUACAGGACAUGAUAAAUUUUUGUCUA